CCCAUUGCUAAGCAAGCAUAACUUCUCAAAGCAUCAUACACGAGAAGUACUUCUAGCUCGCCUAUAUUUCUCGCUUCAACUCUUUCGAGUUCUUUCUCACGAAGCAGAUCAUCUGAUUGAUCAAUGGAUCGUGUGACGAGGCUGGCGUCGCAGCGCGCAGUGGUGAUCUUCAGCAUGAGCUCCUGCUGCAUGUGCCACACGGUGACGCAGCUCCUCCGCGAUCUCGGGGUGAACCCGACGGUGGUGGAGCUUGACGAGGACCCCCGGGGGAAGGAGAUGGAUAAGGCGUUGGCGAGGCUGUUGGGUCGCAACCCCGCCGUGCCGGCGGUGUUCAUCGGCGGCAGGCUUGUCGGCUCCACCGACAAGGUCAUGUCGCUCCACCUCAGCGGCAACCUCAUCCCGCUGCUGCGCAAUGCCGGCGCCCUCUGGGUGUAACGCCGAGUGCUCUGAGUCACCUUAUACGCUGGAGAAUAAUGUUGCUUUCUGUCACGAGAUGAGGGAGAGUGGCACGGAGAGAGUUUGCAGACCUUUUUUUUCUGCAUUGUAAUAAUCUAUAGAGGGGUUAGCAUUGUGUCAGGGUAUUUUGCGCUGUAAUAAUGCGUAUACAUAUGUAUACCGCUACAUCUUUGUCAUCA